AUGGAAAACACAGUCCCCCUUGAAAAUAAUCCAAAGAUUAACUCAGAAAUAUUAAAUAAGAUCAAUGUUAAUAAAAUUUAUUAUCAUAAAAUGAAUCAUCCAGAUGAACAAAUGAAGAAAGACACAUGCAAAUAUCUUUUUUCUAUUGAAGAGAAUCACAAGUUCUUAGAACAUGAAAAUGUUUUUAAGAAAAAAAGAGAAUUACAAAAAAUAGUACAUCAACAAAUAAGAAAAUACACAAGAGAAAAAAAUAUAUAUGUAGUUUAUAUGAUAUACAAUUGUUUAUUUGAAAGAAUUGAAGUGAAAAAUAUUAAAGUCAAAAAUAUUGAAGUGAAAAAUAUUAAAGUGAAAAAUAUUAAAGUCAAAAAUAUUGAAGUGAAAAAUAUUAAAGUGAAAAAUAUUAAAGUCAAAAAUAUUAGAGUAAAUAAUUUGAAAGUGAAAAAUAUAAAAACAAAAAAUGCUGAUUAUAAAUAUAAUAACCAAAUUAGUAAUGUAGAUAUAAUAUGUCCUUAUAAAAAAAGAAGAAGAAGUUCUUAUUAUAUUUAUUGUCGUACAAAAAAAUAUUCUUUUCCACGAAUAGUUAAUGUCUUUUCCAGUGUAGUAAGGAUGUGUCAGAAAAAAGAGGAAAAUCAUAUACAUUCCAAAAAAAAAAAUAAAUACAAAUAUAUUCAUGCUGUUAAUCUUAAACAUUUUAUUAAUCAUAAAGUUGUUAAGAAUCAUCAAAAUGAUAUUCCCAAAAAUAUGAACGUUUUACUUUUUGAUGAAGAGCACAGUAACACACUUAAAAAAGAUUUCGAAAUUAUAAGUAAACGUGAUAAAAAAUAUAUCCAUCAAAUAGCUUAUCAUGAAUCAACAAAACCAGAUUAUAUAAACAUGAAUGAAUUACCAAUAAAUUAUGACAUACAAAAUAAAAUGAUAAUAAAAAAUGUAACAGGAGAAUUCACAUUAGAAGAACAUGAGAAAAAAAAAUGUGACUCUUGUUAUUAUUGUUUUUCAAAUGAAUGUAACCUGACCUAUUGUAAAUAUCGUCAUCACGAUGAACAUGAUGAUUAUAUAAAUGAUAUGUAUAAAAAUAAAAUAAACCGUUUUAAUUCAAGCGAAUCGUUUUUUAAUAGAACAAAUAAUUACAGUGUAACAAAAACGUCAGGAAAGGCAUAUGAAGAGGCCUUUCCAAAAAAUGAAGAACAUAACAAAAAUGUUUUUAUGAGUAAUAAUUGGGAUAAAAUAUAUAAUAAUAAUAAUAAUAAUAAUAAUAAUAAUAUUAAUACAAAUAAAAAAAAGAAAAUAAAAAAAAUAAAAAAAAAUACAAAUAAUAAUGAAGAGGGAGAUGAUGUCGAAUCUAUUUGUACAAAUCAUAAUGUGUUAAAUAAUAUACCAUAUAGUAUAGAUAAACAUCAUAUAAAUACAUCAUUAAAUAUUAAUAAAAAUGAUGAUUUACAAGAAAACAUCUUGAUACAAAAUCAAAAUUAUUUCCCAAAAAUGUUCCAAUAUGAAAUUAAUGAAAGCGAAAGAUAUUUAACAUUUCAAACAUCAAGAAGUAUAUCACCUGAACAAGUAGAAGAUCAACAAAAUGAUAUAAUAGAUAAAAUCAAAUAUUCUAGUAUAGAAAAAAAGAAUACGAAAAAUGACCCACUAUUAUUAUAUUUACAAACAAAUUUUAUGAAAAAGGAAGAGGAAAAUUUAUUAACAAAUGAAGAAAAUAAUACAAAGGAAAAUAUCUGCGAUGAGGAUAAGAAUAAAAAGAGUAAAAAAAAAAAAAAAAAAAAAAAAAAAAUUCAUAUGGAAGAUUGUAUGGAAACAAAAAUGAAAAAAGAUAUAGGAAAUGAUAACAAAAAUUUGGAAGGUAAUAUGAAUAAUCAAACAGAUAAACAAAUGGACAAUCAAAAGUCAGAUCAUAUAACAGGACAAAUGCAAGAUAUAAUUGAAGAAGAUCAUAAAAAAUCUAUUAUGAUCCAUGAAAAUGUUACAAAAAAAAUAAAUGAUUUUCCAAAUAAUAAAUCAUGUGAAGAAAAUAACUCUCCUAAACAUAUUACAAAUGUGAAAAAAUCAAUUCUCAUAAAAAAUACCAAAAAAAGAGAUGGACAAGUAUUUUACCAUAAACAUAUAUAUGAGAAAAAUAAAGGACACUUAUAUAAUUUAAGAAAUGAAAAAAUAAAUGAUACUCCUAUAAUAGAAAAAAAUAAAAAUAAAAAAAUUGAUUCAGAUAAUGAAUCUUUAAUUCUAAUAAAACAUAAUAAAGGUUCUUGUAAUCCAUGUGCUAAUUACUUUUUUCAUUUUUCAGGGUGUUCUAAGGGAAACCAGUGUACCAAAUGUCAUCAUGAUUAUCAUAAAAAUCACGAAGAUCCUUUACAUCCUUCCCAAUUAUUACAUAAAAAAAAUAUAUGUGUACCUUGCGAAAAUUAUUUUAAAAAACAAUGUAAAAGGUCAAUGCCCGUAUGUAUAUAUUGCCAUGAUGAUUCUCAUAAAAAAGAAUAUACAGCAGCGGGAAAAAUAAAUGAACUUACAAAUGAUAAAAAUCAAAUUCUUUAUGUAAAAACACAUUUAUAUAUAAAUCAACAAGAACAUGUAAGAGAAAUGUGCCACCCAUGUGAAUAUUAUUUUACAAACUAUAAAACUUGUUUUAACAAAUAUAAUUGUAAUAAGUGUCACCAUAAAGAUCACGCAGAUAUUCAAUCAUUUUAUCACCCUUCAAAUUUUUUACAUUACAAAAAUAAAUGUUCCCCAUGCAAAGAUUAUAUAGAAGGCUCAUGUAAGAAAUUUUCCCAUCAGUGUAUCUAUUGCCACAAUCAUGAUCAUUUAAAGGAAGAUAUGGACAAAAAAAAAAAAUUAAAGGAAAAAAAAAGAACUAAAGAGGAAAAGAGAUUAAAGGAAGAAGAAAGAAUAAAGGAAAAAAAAAAAAUUAAAGAGGAAAAGAGAUUAAAGGAAGAAGAAAGAAUAAAGGAAGAAGAAAGAAUAAAGGAAAAAAAAAGAACUAAAGAGGAAAAGAGAUUAAAGGAAGAAGAAAGAAUAAAGGAAAAAAAAAAAAUUAAAGAGGAAAAGAGAUUAAAGGAAGAAGAAAGAAUAAAGGAAGAAGAAAGAAUUAAAGAGAAAAAGAAGCUAAAAGAACAGGAAAGAUUAAAAGAAGAGCAAAGGCUAAGGCAAGAGGAAAAAUUAAAGGAGGAGAAAAGAUUAAAGAAGGAGAAAAAAUUAAAGAAGGAGAAAAAAUUAAAGGAGGAGGAAAGAUUAAAGGAAGAAACAAGAAUAAGAGAAGAGGAAAGGUUAAAGGAAGAGGAAAGGUUAAAGGAAGAAACAAGAAUAAGAGAAGAGGAAAGAAUAAGAGAAGAGAAGUUAAAGGAGGAGGAAAGAAUAAGAGAAGAGAAGUUAAAGGAGGAGGAAAGAAUAAGAGAAGAGAAGUUAAAGGAGGAGGAAAGAAUAAGAGAAGAGAAGUUAAAGGAGGAGGAAAGAAUAAGAGAAGAGAAGUUAAAGGAAGAGGAAAGAAUAAGAGAAGAGAAGUUAAAGGAGGAGGAAAGAAUAAGAGAAGAGAAGUUAAAGGAAGAGGAAAGAAUAAAGGAAGAAGAAAGAAUAAAGGAAAAAAAAAGAACUAAAGAGGAAAAGAGAUUAAAGGAAGAAGAAAGAAUUAAAGAGAAAAAGAAGUUAAAAGAACAGGAAAGAUUAAAAGAAGAGCAAAGGCUAAGGCAAGAGGAAAGGUUAAAGGAAGAGGAAAGAUUAAAGGAGGAGGAAAGGUUAAAGGAAGAGGAAAGAUUAAAGGAGGAGGAAAGGUUAAAGGAAGAGGAAAGAUUAAAGGAGGAGGAAAGGUUAAAGGAAGAGGAAAGAUUAAAGGAGGAGGAAAGGUUAAAGGAAGAGGAAAGAUUAAAGGAGGAGGAAAGGUUAAAGGAAGAGGAAAGAUUAAAGGAAGAGGAAAGAUUAAAGGAGGAGGAAAGGUUAAAGGAAGAGGAAAGAUUAAAGGAGGAGGAAAGGUUAAAGGAAGAGGAAAGAUUAAAGGAGGAGGAAAGGUUAAAGGAAGAGGAAAGAUUAAAGGAGGAGGAAAGGUUAAAGGAAGAGGAAAGGUUAAAGGAAGAGGAAAGGUUAAAAGAAGAAGCAAGAAUAAAAGAGGAAGACAUGUUAAAAGAAGAGGAAAGAAUAAGAGAAGAGAAAAGGUUAAAAGAAGAAGAAAAAGAAAGAUUAAUGGAAAGAGAAAAAAGGAGAUUGAAGGAAAGAGAAAGGAAAAAGGAAAUAUUUAUAGAAAGAGAAAGACUAAGAGAAAAGGAAAGAUAUAUAGAAAGAGAAAGACUAAGAGAAAGGGAAAGAUUUAUAGAAAGAGAAAGACGAAGAGAAAGGGAAAGAUUUAUAGAAAGAGAAAGACGAAGAGAAAGGGAAAGAUUUAUAGAAAGGGAAAGACUAAAAGAAAAAGAACGAUAUAAAGAAAGAGAAAUAUUAAGAGAAAAGGAAAGACUUAGAGAAAAAGAAAGAUUAAAGCAGGAAAGAUUAAAGAAAGAAGCAAGAAUUAAAGAAGAGAUAUUAAAGGAGAAGAGAUUAAAGGAGGAGGAAAGGUUAAAGGAAGAGGAAAGGUUAAAGGAAGAGGAAAGGUUAAAGGAAGAGGAAAGGUUAAAGGAAGAGGAAAGAUUAAAGGAGGAGGAAAGAUUAAAGGAAGAGGAAAGAAUAAAGGAAGAGGAAAGAUUAAGAGAAGAGGAAAGGUUAAAGGAAGAGGAAAGGUUAAAGGAAGAGGAAAGGUUAAAGGAAGAGGAAAGGUUAAAGGAAGAGGAAAGGUUAAAGGAAGAGGAAAGGUUAAAGGAAGAGGAAAGGUUAAAGGAAGAGGAAAGGUUAAAGGAAGAGGAAAGGUUAAAGGAAGAGGAAAGGUUAAAGGAAGAGGAAAGGUUAAAGGAAGAGGAAAGGUUAAAGGAAGAGGAAAGGUUAAAGGAAGAGGAAAGGUUAAAGGAAGAGGAAAGGUUAAAGGAAGAGGAAAGGUUAAAGGAAGAGGAAAGGUUAAAGGAAGAGGAAAGGUUAAAGGAAGAGGAAAGGUUAAAGGAAGAGGAAAGGUUAAAGGAAGAGGAAAGGUUAAAGGAAGAGGAAAGGUUAAAGGAAGAGGAAAGGUUAAAGGAAGAAGCAAGAAUAAAAGAAGAAAAGUUAAAGGAGGAGGAAAGGUUAAAGGAAGAGGAAAGGUUAAAGGAAGAAGCAAGAAUAAAAGAAGAAAAGUUAAAGGAGGAGGAAAUAUUAAUGGAAAUUAAUAUGGAAAAACAAAGAGAAAUAUUAAAAAGAAUAUUGACAAAUAAAUUAAAAAAAAGAGAACAGGAAAGAAAAAUGGAAAGACAACAAAAAAGAGAAAGUCUCAUAGAGAAAAAUAAAAUAAUCCAAAAAUUUAUAGAAAUAAACAACGAUAAUAAUUUAUAUCAUAAUAAAUAUAAAUCUGGUAAUAUAAGAAGAUUUAAUAAGAAUAUAACUUUCUAUGAAAAGAAAACGAAUAUAUCUUUAUGUUUAAAAAAUCAAAAUUUAAUAAAAGAAAGAGAAAACAAUGGCACAUAUUAUUUAUCAAAUAAUGUAGGAUAUAUUAAAACUAAUAUAUAUGAUAUGUCUAGAAAGAAUGAAAAAAAUGAGCCCCAACAUUUUUGUGAUAAUGAAAGGAAUAAAGAAAUCGUGGGGUCAACAGAUUUUUUUAGCACCCAUAAUAAUAAAGAUAGGAAUUUAAAUAAAUACACACUAUCUCAUAAUAAAUAUAAAAAAUAUUCUCCUAACAAAGAUAGAGAUAUUUUAAGAGAGGAAACUGUUUUUAUAAAAAAUAAUUUACAAGAAGAAAAAAUAGAUAAGUUGAAUAGGAAGAGUGAAGAGUUAAACGUGCAAGAAAAUUAUAAUAAUACAAAAGAGAAGAGUUCCAUAAAUGCUUUUAACGAUUUAAAAAAGAAUGAAGAUAAAAAUAAAAAUAAUAUUGGAACAAGUACCCAAAACAGAUUAGAUGAUAUAUGUAAUAAUAAAUGUAAUGAUAAAUUCAAUACAGAAAAAAACAAUGAUAAAUCCUUACUACAAGUAGAUAAGCUUGAUUAUAAAGAAAUAAAUUGUUAUCAUACAAGUAACGAUAAUAUGAAAAAUGAAAAUGGUAAUAACUUUUCUUGUGAUUAUAAAUAUAAUAGGGAUAUAAAAAAAAAGGAUCCACAAGAUAACAAUUAUAUAGGUGUAUCAUUAUAUAAUUAUGAUAAAUCUAAACAAAAUAAUUAUAAUGAUAAAUAUAAUGAUAAUAAUUAUAAUGAUAAAUAUAAACAAAAUAAUUAUAAUGAUAAAUAUAAACAAAAUAAUUAUAAUGAUAAAUAUAAUGAUAAUAAUUAUAAUGAUAAAUAUAAACAAAAUAAUUAUAAUGAUAAAUAUAAUGAUAAUAAUUAUAAUGGUGUAUAUGCUAAGAUACAUAAAAAUAACAACACACAAUAUAAUCAUAAUAUCUUACCAACGAAUAAAGAUUUACUUGUAUUUAAAACGAACCAACAAUCGAAACAUCAUACAGACAUUUUAUAUAAUAACAAUAAUGAAGAAAAAGAGAAUGGACCACAUAAAAAUUUUAAUGUUAACGAAAAUAUUAAAAAUGUGAUAUAUGAAGACAAUUAUAAUCAGUGUAUAAAAAGAAAACGGAAUUCACCACCAACAUCCUAUAAAACAAUAAUCGAUAGAGAAAGGAGCAGAAGUAAAAAUACAAGUAAUAUAAAUAAUAAAAGUAUUUGUAUAAAAAACAAGUCAACUAUUUGUACAAGUAGUAACUUGGUAAAUUUAUUAAAGAAUAACAAGGAAAAUAAUAUUAUUAGCAAAGAUAAAAAUUAUGAUACUCAUAUAUAUAAUACAAUAGAUAAUGAUAAACAUGUGGAGAAAUAUAACACAAAUAAAAAAUAUUGUAACAAUUAUAUGACAAAUAAAACUUAUAAUAAUAUUCAUAAUAAUAUUAAUAAUAAUAUUAUUCAUAAUAAUAAUAAUAUUAAUAAUAAUAAUAAUAAUUAUAGUACACAUCAAAAAUAUAAUCUUUAUUAUUAUACACAUUAUGAUCGAUUUUAUUUAAAAAGAAGAAAAACAUAUGCUAAUGACAAUAAUCAAAUGUGA